CCUUUCUUUGUCCAUUUUCAGCUGCAUUUUUGUGUUUUUUUGUUGUUAUUAACAUCUUGUUGUGGCUUUCGAAGUUCAACUCUGCGAUUCAGUUAUUCUGAAUUCGAAUACGAUAGUUAGCUAAGAAAUUGCCGCAAUGCUGGUUGUUUUCCUUGAGAUUUGGUUUAACUUGUUCUUAGUUCAUUGAAAUUUUGUUCUGUUUCUUGGAUUCUGCUGGUAAUUACCGUUGACCUGAAAUGUAAUAGUAACUUUUAGAAGCAAAGAUGGGAACGUUUUAAUAUAGUGAUAUUGUCUCUGAAUUUGAUUAAGUUUGCGCAUUCUUCUUCCUGUUCUUCUUCUUUACGUUCUAUAGGAAUCAAUUUCUCAGAAUGUAAAAAUUGUUGGAAAGAGUAUGAGGUCAUACUUCCACUUUUUACUUGGGUAAAAAUCUGAAUGACGCCAUUGAGGUAUGGACAAAAACUAUUAUUGCGUAGCUCUGGAUUUUGGCUGGAGGUGAUGAUGCCGAAGAGGUGCCUGGUUGGUCACAAUUGACCACUCAGUGAAUUUGUGCUUUAUGUGCGUCAUGGUACUUUAUUGGUUACACAAUACUUAAUCCGUGAUUCGGUGUGUUUUCUUGACUAUUUCUCUUAGAUUUUGUAUUUUUUUGGAUGUUAGGAAUUAACGUGGGGCAACAUUUGAGUUGAAACUUUAACUGCUAGUCUAAUACAACUUGACGUGUUUUGUGCUCCAUUGCUAUAGAAUCAUGUGCUUUGAUGAUGAUAUAUUUGUUUGCAUUACGGAUCAUCUUAAUACAACCAAUCUAUUCUGGAGGUUGAAGCAAUAGUUGGUGAAUACUUGAACCCAAAACUGAUGUAAUACGACUAAUUGAUGCACUCUAACCUUCGGCAAUUCAUGAAGGAAAUAUAUUAACCAGGACCUCAUGUAUGCUCGUUUCGGGCUUAUUAAAGAUAAGUUUAUGAGUAUCUUGAUAUUUUUGUGUCUUUGUUCGUGUGGCUGCACAUGAGGUCUGAUGGUACUAGCUUUCAGUGCCAAAAUGUCCACAGUAUUGUGGUUUUGCCUGACAAAGGAACCCCUAACCUGCAGAAUGAGCUCCCGUUGAAUAUUAGCUAUGUGGAGGUUCCUACUUUGGUGAAAAGCGAGAUGUGCUUAAAUUCUGAGCCUGACUUGCAAAAUCAAAUCAACAUAAAAGUGGAUAAAUUGAAUAAUUAUGCACCAUCUGUCCUGGAUGUGGACAUUGAGAAAGGAAAGGCAGAAAUUCCCAUGUGUAACGAAGAAUCUGGUGUCAUUUUGAAGUCUGACGAUUCCGUAGCAAAGGCAUUCCAGAGAGAGAUCUGCUUCCAAAUAGGAGGAAAAUUCAUGCAGCUCCUGAUGAAACAUGGGGUUGAGUUACCAAAGUUCACUUCAAGAGAUAAGUUUCUACUGGAGAGAGUCUAUGAAACGCCUACUAAUAGAUCAAGGAAAUACAAGCGAUCCCCCUCAUUCAAUUCAAGAAGAGUAGUUCUCCUUUUCUCGGUCUUGUCUAGCAUGGGAACGAUUAUCCUAAUAUACCUAACACUGAGAGUGAGGCAAAUCAGUGAUGUGUCUGGUAAUGUCUAAAAUACUUAACUUCUGCCUUCUUAUUGCCAUCUUUUAUGGAAGAAUCUGUUAGGAUCAUAGCUUCCUGUUUUUGUUUUUCCGCUUACUGUAUCUUCCUGUUUUUGGUUCAGUGAUGUAAGUUUUUCAUUAAUGUACAUAUUGAAACAUCUGGAACUGCUCUAAGAUGCAACAAUUGGUAACUUGCCCUGUAUACAAAUUUUUCGGUUUACAUAUUGCUCAUCAAUAUGAGAUUUUUUGCUGUAGAAGAGGCUUUUGUGCCAAAAUUUU